ACUCACUCUCAAAGCAAUCAUCUUUCCAAAGAAAGCCUGAGAGAAGGAAAAAAAACACAAAAGAAAGAACAUAAAACAUCAUUGUAUUGUUAUGGCAACCACCAAGAUGGGUUUCUGGUCUGCAGAGAAUGCCACAAAGGCAUAUAUCAGAACAAUGAAUAUGGCCAAAGGGGAGGACGUGAAGGAGCUGAACGGGGCGGAGUUCGUCUCCGCUUUAGCUGCCGGAAACAAUGCCCGGUUCACCGUCGUGGCCUGCGCUGGCCCCGUUGACUCUAUCACCCUCGCUCUGGCCGCGGCCUCGCAGCAAACCAGAGGCCGCGUCAUCUGCAUCCUCCCGGAAAAUUACUCCCGGUCUAAUCUCUCUCUACUCUCGUCCUCAAACGGAAUGCAUGUUGAGUUCGUCGUCGGGGAGGCUCAGGAACUGAUACUGAACAAGUACAGAGAAGCUGACUUCAUUGCCGUUGACUGCAACCUUGAGCACCAUGAGGAGAUAUUCAGAAGCGUGGAAGGGAGUGAGAGGGUGAGGAACACGGUGGUUUUAGGGUAUAACGCCUUCGGGAAGCCAUCGUGGAGGAGCGGCACCAGUUUACGCAUUAAUCUUUUGCCUAUUGGUGAAGGGUUGUUGAUGACAAGAAUUCCUGUGAAGAAGAUUGUUAAUGAUGGGGUGCAAAAAAGAGGGAACUGGAUUGUGAAGGUUGAUAAGUGCACCGGAGAGGAGCAUUUUUUCAAGGUAAGAUCGUCUCCAAGAAGUGUUAUUGAAGCUUAGAUCGAUCUUGAUCUGAAAUGCAAGCUAAAGAUCAGAGCUUUUUUUCUUUCUCUGAAAAGAGUGUACAUAUAUAUCUUUUCUGGUCUGGACUCCAGAUUCAUUGAGCAAAAUUUGCUACUCUUUUUUUGCUUUGUUUUUUGUUGUGACAGUCAUAGAGACUAUCCAGUUUCUCUGUCACAAUUAUUAUCCCAUUUUUCAUUUGAAUCAGCUUGGAUGUUUGAUCCAAAGUACUGAGAUGUAUAGAUGGGCAUUGGAAAUGGAAGAAACCAAGAGAGCAAAAGGUUUAUCAAUGCGAGUCAUUUUAAUUUCUUAUUUUCCUUUAUAACAUUUCUAUUAAUGGCCUGUUUGGAACUCAG